GCUGGUCACGAUUGCCAUAUCAUCACAAGGUUGCAGUGGACAAGAAACCAUGCGGGACCACAUACGCUUAUCUUGUCGCCGCAACUCUAAAGUCCACUGCUUUGGAGAGUUCAACGAUCGGCAGGCAGUUGGAAGUUCCUAUAUGCCGGUUGGCCUAUCUUGAUAUGAACUGAUUGCCUUUCUGCAGGACUGCAAAAUCCAGCCAAUAAUCACACUGCCAAUAUGUCUUAGGUCGGUAUAUAAUGCGGCGGUUGGUUCAUGGUCCGUUGUGCUGUGGUAGUGCUCUAUCUGUUCAACCAUGCAAAAAAUACGACUGCGACAGCUGAAGGAGAAAGUCCAACUCAAGGGCGACGAAGAUGAGCACGAGGAGGUCAACUCAUGGUCCAACCGUGAUCUGAUACCUCUGCCGCCUUCUCGACGGACCUGGGGUUGGUUUCACUUCUUCGGAUACUGGACGCUCAAUUCGCUCAAUGUUUCCAACUGGCAGACGCCAAACACAUUCUUGUGUGAGUCAAGAUCAGAAUCUGCUAGACUCUGAAAUCAACUAAUCCGGAAGUAAAGCAUAUGGACUCUCUGUCGGUCAGAGCAUGAUGGUGAUUGUGGUUGGAAAGCUUCUGGUCACCUUCUUCUCCACGCUGAUCGCUUGGUGUGGACUUCGUUGGCAUAUCGGCUUCACCGUGCAGAACCGCUAUACUUGGGGCCUUCGCGGAAGCUAUAUCCCUCUGCUACAGAGAAUCCUCCUCAACUUCAUAUGGUGCGCCAUACAAUGU